CUCGGGCAGCUGCGGCUCCGCGCCGGCAUCCGAACCCAAACUGACUCCUUAUUUAUUGCGGGAGAGGGGGGCUUUUCCGCAGCAUCAUCUGUUUGGAAGAAAGGAGGGAGGAAGGGGGAGGGUUAACGCUAAAGAAGUAAGUCUUCUCUGCGAAGGAAAUCCCUUUUGCGCUUUCCAGAUGACCUUUUCUGAAAAUGUAGCUUCUCCAGCUGAACGGUUUUGAUUUUGACUACCAAGUGUGUGAAACUGAUCCCUAAGUGCUCCACAAACCGUAGGAUGUGUGCUUCCGGGAUUAGCAAUAUGGGGCAUCUGUUGUCGCCUCUCCUCUUGAGCCUGGCAGCAGUUUUUUCCAAAGUGACCGAGAGUCGAGGGAUCCUGGAGAGCAUCCAGAGGUUUUCUUUGCUGCCCACGUACUUGCCGGUGACCUAUCGCAUCCACAAUGCCGAUGUUUCCUUCUUCCUUAAGGAAGCCAACCAGGAUAUUAUGAGGAACUCCAGUUUGCAGUCCCGGGUGGAAUCCUUUCUGAUCUACAAAUCCAAGAGCCCCCCCGUGUUAAACGCCAGCUAUGGGCCUUUUUCCAUUGAACAGCCAGUGCCCCAGGACUUAAUGCUGCCCUCAAACCCCUUUGGAUCCGCCAACAAGUUCACGUACAACUGGAAGCUGCAGGCCUACAUCCUGAGCAGCAAGAUCUACCUGAGCAAGCCGCGGGUGCAGGUGCUGUUCUACAUCGUGGGCAGGGACUGGGACGAGUACAGCCCCGCGGAGCGGCUCAGCUGGAGAGGUCUGAGGGGAGCCCCGUGGAGCUCUACUACUCCAUCCAGGCGGGGGAUGAGCGAGGGGAGUGCGCCAAGGAGGACGUCAGGAAAAGCAGCGGGAUCCGCUCGGGGCGCAACGACAUCGACGAGUCGGGACCUCCCCUGCAGAGGAUCGGAAGUGUUUUCCUUUACCAGACACAUGCUGCCCCUUCUUUAACUGAAAUGAGAUUGGAUAAUAAUAUUGUCAUCCAGUACGCACCAAAGACCGUCAAGCAAGGGGACAUUCUGACUUUCCUUGUAUCUGUUGCGAAAAACUGCACAGAGGAUCAGUUCACACUGAGGGCCAAGGUGAAGAGAGGUGUGAACGUUUUCAGUGUGAGAGCCAGCAGCCCCUACCUGUGGGACAUCAGGGAGAGUGUGGAUUACACUGGCAAGUAUGCACCAGCUGUGGUUGUGUGCCAGAGGAAAUCUGCUGCUGAGAACAGUGCGGAGGGUCCUGCCUCUGAAAUCAUGCAGAUUGAUUUUGAAAUUGAGGAGCUGACUGACCUGCCUGAGACCCAGCUCAUCACCUGGCAGGUGGAAUAUCCUGGAGACACCACAUCAGACCUGGGCAUCUCCAAGAUCUACGUGAGCCAGAAGGACCUGGUAGGAGUUCUCCCUUUGGCUAUGGAAGCAGAGAUCCUGAACACAGCUAUUCUCACUGGGAAAACAGUGGCUGUCCCUGUCAAGGUGGUUUCUGUGGAGGAUGAUGGCACUGUGACAGAUCUGGUGGACUCUGUGGAAUGCAGAUCUUCAGAUGAAGACGUCAUUAAGGUUUCUGACAGAUGUGACUAUGUCUUUGUCAACGGGAAGGAAAUGAAGGGCAAAGUGAAUGUCGUGGUUAAUUUCACUUACCAGCACCUGAGUGCCCCCCUGGAGAUGACAGUGUGGAUCCCUCGUCUCCCGCUGCAGAUUGAGGUCUCUGACACAGAGCUCAAUCAGAUCAAGGGCUGGAGAGUCCCCAUCAUCUCUAAUAAGAGGCCGGCCAGGGACAGCGAUGACGAGGACGAGGACGAGCGCAGGGGCAGGGGCUGCACCCUGCAGUACCAGCACGCCAUGGUCAGGGUGCUCACCCAGUUCGUGGCCGAGCCCCCCGAGCCCGGGGCCCAGCUCAGCUUCCUGCUGGGCUCAGACUGGCAGCUGGACAUCACCCACCUGGUCAGGGACUUCAUGCAGGUGGAGGAGCCCAGGAUCGCCCAGCUGCACGAGGGACAGGUCCUGGUCGGGCUGGAGCUGGGCAUGACCACCAUCCAGAUCCUGUCCCCCCUUUCAGAUGCCAUCUUGGCUGAGAAGACAGUGACAGUGCUGGACGAGAAGGUGACAAUCACUGACCUGGGAGUGCAGCUGGUGACAGGACUGUCCCUCUCUCUGCAGCUCAGCCCGGGCAGCAACAGGGCCAUCUUUGCCACUGCAGUGGCACAGGAGCUGCUGCAGUCCCCAAAGCAGGAAGCAGCCAUCAGCUGCUGGAUCCAGUUCAGUGAUGGAUCUGUCAUGCCCCUGGAUAUUUAUGACUCCAAAGACUUCUCCUUGUCAGCCACCUCUCUGGAUGAGAAGGUGGUGUCCAUCCACCACGACCCCAAGUUCAAGUGGCCUGUGAUUGCUGCUGAGACCGAGGGCCAGGGCACGCUGGUGAAGGUGGAGAUGGUGAUCAGCGAGUCGUGCCAGAAAUCCAAAAGGAAGAGCAUCCUGGCUGUCGGGAGUGGCAGCAUCAAGGUCAAGUUUGGGCAGAGUGAUGGCAGCCCCAACGCCAGCGACAGCAAGCACAGGGGUGUCCAGCUGGAGGGGGACCGGCGCCACAAGGGCCCCUGGCAGGAGAGAGGGGACGGGCACUACUCCAGCUCCUCCAUGGGCCACGAGCAGGGCAGGGCCGCCACCACGCACAGGUCUGUUCUGAGCAGGAAGGAGGACAGGGAGAGCCUCCUGGACGAUGCCAGCCAGAACGUGCCCCUGGACUUCACCAGCUUCCCCGCCCAGGUGGAUCUGCCCAGGGCCGCUGGGGACACCGAGGACAGCGAGCUGGUGCCGUCCCCCCGCGGGCUCAGCGACCUGGAGAUCGGCAUGUACGCCCUGCUGGGCGUCUUCUGCCUGGCCAUCCUGGUGUUCCUCAUCAACUGCGUCACCUUCGCCCUCAAGUACAGGAACAAGCAGGUUCCCUUCGAGGAGCAGGAGGGCAUGAGCCACUCUCAUGACUGGGUGGGGCUGAGCAACAGGACAGAGCUGCUGGAGAAUCACAUCAACUUCUCAUCCCAGCAGGAUGAGCAAAUCACAGCCAUCGACAGGGGGGUGGACUACGAGGAGAGCAAAUACCUCCUCAGCACAACUGCCACCAAAAACAUCAACGGACAGUCCUUCAGGGCUCCUGAGUCCACGUUCAGUGAGGGCAAGGAACAGAAAAGUGAGCCAACCGCUUCUCCUACCUCCAAGAGGAAACGGGUGAAAUUCACCACCUUCACCACCAUCUCCUCUGACGAUGGCUGUCCAACUGUCAACUCAAUCCUGAUGAGUAACGAGGAUGACAUUAAAUGGGUCUGCCAGGACAUAGACCUGGGGGAGUGCAAGGAGCUUAAAAACUACAUGGAGAGGUUACACGAAAACGCGUAAUGAGACACAAAAGACUUUUUUGGUUUGGUUUGUUCGUUUGUUUGUUUUUCACUCACCUUCUGCCUUUAAUUUUGGGUAGUGGGGCAAAGUGUUGUAUUCUGACAGGAAUCAGCUGGUGGAUAAUUACUCACUGGAGCCCCAAGAAGCCACCCAAAAGCAGCUGGGAGAGCAGAGAUCCUGGACAGCUGUUAAAAUUCAAGUCCUCUCUGUGCUCAGAGAUGGAAGUGAGAGAUGUGUGUGGGUUUUUGAUACACGAUAACAUGAAAAAAAAAACUUAGAAAAAUAAUACAGUCUCAUUCUCUGUGCUUUCCCAGGAAAUCAAUAAAUAUAACAAACUCCAGUGCAGUUUGGAUAAUACAAAGCUCACACAGCUCUGCUGUUCGAUAUUGCAAGCUUUGGUUAAAAGCAAGAGAUUGGUCUGAGAAUAAAUAGAUCCAUGAGAAGAGCAUGUCGUUCAGGCCACGUGCAGAGAAUAUCCAUCCAGGAACAUUCAUUUAAAGCUGACAAAAACCAACAGUGAAUGAAGCAGCUCCCAGAGCUGAGGAGUCAUGAUUUCCAAAGAGUCUGGAGGGGAUAAAGGCGUAACUGGGCUGUUUACAAACCAGCAUGUUUGCCUCCCAAGCACUGACAGUGGAUACACAGAUACAGUUCAAACUGAAACUCUCUUUUUAAGUAGAUGCCAAGGUCAUAAACUUUGCCAGCCAAUUUUGGGUAUUUGUUAAUUUGUAAAAUAGGAGAAGAUAUGAUCUAUACUCAGACUAUCACUCAUCCUAAGGAGGGUCUUUUGGAAAGUUUGAGAGAAUGAGCUAUUUUUAAAAGCCCGCUUUGUUUGAUUGUCCUGUUUUGGAUUUGUAUUCCCAGCCCUUUCCCUGGAGCUCCCCGUCUGGUAUCCUGAGGGCACUUCCCAGAUCAGUCAGCCUUGGAGCUGUGGUCCCUUCCCUUCCCUCCCGUGCACAUCACUCCAGGGCUGCUCCAGCCGAGCACAGCCCUGCUGGUACCACGCUGUCCUGGCCCUCCCUGCUGUCCCUUCCCAGGGCUGUCCCUGUCCCUGGGCUCAGUGCCCCCUGUGCUGAACUGCCCCCAGCUGCCCCUCGCUCCUUCCCCUGCCCUGGGGAGCUGGGGGUGUUCAGCUCCUUGUGCCCCCCAUCCUUAGCCCAGCACGUGCAGAGGGCACUGGGAGGUCACAGGGAGAGCUGCACGUUCCACACUGAACCCUGCCCAGCUCAGCUCAGCAGAUAGCGUUUGUUUCUCCCAGGGGUGAUGGUUAUCUUCUGUUUUCUUGGUAAGGAUGUACAUACAGUAGGAUUUCAGUGACUACCCUUCCAACCCGACGUGCCCUCCUGCCUCAAACCAGGACAUGUCUUGUGAGGUCCAACAGCAGCCUCCAAUGGCCAGUGGCAAAGUGCCAAAGCACUAGCUAAAAUCCAGGUCAUGGAUUUGAUAUAGAAAAAUAUUUCAAGCUCCCCUUUAUUUUCUGGAGUCAGUCCUUGCCCCCUUUUUGUUAAGUCUUCCAAGAUUGAAUCUAGGUUGCUCAGUUUAAUACACACCCGCCCUCCCACAAACACUUAGAUUGAAUCCCUCUAUAUUUAGAAUGUACUGUAGAUUGUAAGAAUGUAAUAUAUAUAUUUAUAAACAUGCCAACUGUGAAUAAAAUUUGCAUUUUAGUGGCUUCAUCUUUUUUUCCUA